GCAGACAGACACCCAGGAGAGCUGAGGACAUGAAGGUACAGGGUGCUUCCCUCUGGCUCCUGGCCACAGCGCUCAUCUUGAGCUCAGUGUGUUCCCGCGGUCUCAGGAAGUGUCUGAUUUCCAUGGACUUGCACCAUUUAGAAGAGAGUUUCCAAGAAAUCAAAAGAGCCAUUCAAGCUAAGGACACCUUCCAGAAUGUCACUAUCCUGUCUGCAUCCGAGAUGCUGCAGAGCAUCAAGCCCUCAGAUGUGUGCUGUGUGACCAAGAACCUCCUGGCUUUCUACAUGGACAGGGUGUUCAAGGAUCAUCGGGAGCUGAACCCCCAUAUCUUGAGAAAAAUCAGCAGCAUUGCCAACUCUUUCCUCUACAUGCAGAAAACCCUGCAGCGCUGUCAGGAGCAGAGGCGGUGUCACUGCAGGCAGGAAGCCACCAAUGCAACCAGAAGUGUUCACGACAACUAUGAUCAGCUGGAGGUUCACGCUGCCGCUGUGAAGUCCCUGGGAGAGCUCAACGUCUUUCUGGCCUGGAUUGGCAAGAAUCAUCAAGAAAUUUCUGCUGCUUGAUGACAUGAAACCUGUCCAAAAUCCAGGGAUGGACUCACCCUGUGCGGUUUUCAGUGGGAGACAACCUACUUUGAAGGGGGCUGGGGAAGGCCACCAUGUAUAUCUGACUGAGAAAUCUCCCUGUUGAUGUGGGAUUCUUUCCUCUGAGGCUGGGGAGUUUCUGGGUUUGGGCAGAUCUCACCCUGUACCUGAAAGUCCUACUGGCUGGUCUCAGGCUAUCUGAUACCACCUGAAAAGAGCCAAAUAGUCUACUGUGGUAUUUAUAAUAAUAAAAUAUGUCUGUGGAAAGGUCUGGUGGGCCAUCCUGAAGGGAAAGGGUCAGCUCCCCACUAAUUUAUUGUGAAUCUGUUUCUCCCAUGUCUGUGAUGUGAGCCAACUAAUAUGUAGUGCAUAUUGUACUUUUUUU